CUCUUCUUUGUAUGGAAAGAGUUCAGGCUAGUAAGGCAGAUAUUUUCCUCUCAUUGUCCUGUCCUGGAAAAUUUGAGGCUUUUUUUUCUGAAAAAACAAAAAAAAAAAGGCUGUACUGGAGCUGUUUAUUGAAGUUUUUGUGAAAUCGUUUUAGAGCCCAAUGGAGCCGUGAGUCUGAGUGGUUUGGGGGGAGUCUAUGGAUAUCCUCUGGGGAAAGAAAGCCAAGCACCUCGCCCUGCAUGUAAUAUCAGGACAGACCGCCUGCGAUGGUAGAAGAUGGUAAGGGGAUGGUGGUCACAGGGUUCUCUUGAGUAGGUGGAGAUAAUGUAGGAGGGUGGGUAGAUGUUUGCUAAAUCUGUAUGGCUGUAUUUUACUGGGUUCUCUGGUCAGACGGUGGGCAGAGAUUUUGUCGGCUUCUCCUUCAGGAUUUGUGAUUUUUCACUGUAACUUAUUGUCAGUUCUUCAAAAAUACAGACUAAGAGACUUGAUCCAGAAUUCGAAGUCAGCCAGGAAGUCAUGCCAGGGAGCCCAGAGAACAUCCCCCUGGGGGAGUGCACGCUGUCCCAGUCCAGGGACCAGCUCACACCCCCGAGCCGCACGGAGAGCACCGUGUUCAGCCUGUCCCGCACCGAGUCAGUUUGGACUACGGAGAAUUCCCCCAAGAAGUCUGAAGUCUUUUGGUUCCCCAUCCACCUCAUGUCUACCGGGGGCAGCUUCCUGGCAUGUGGCAUCAUCAUCAGCGGCCUUUACUUCGCUGGCCACUGCCGGAAAGUCACCAACAUCCUGGGACCAGCCCUGCUGUCCAUUGGAUUGAUGGUUUUUGUGGUGGGCGUGGUCCUGAUUCCUAUUACCAAAGAGAACAGGAAGCGGUCGAAAAUGAAGAAGCCCCUGAGUUAUUACAGGCCUCCGGUGUUUAACCUGUGAGGGCUGUGAUGUUUUUCAGCACAACUAUGUUUGGAUGUAAUUUCAGGAGAAACGUGGAGAGCACUCUGAACUGAGGCUAAUAUUUUCAGCUCUGUGGAAAAUGAUUAAUAGAAGACUGUUUGACAACAAUUAUGUUUAUCUCUCUGGAUUGACGACACUAUCGAAGUUUCUAGUGUGCAUGAUGUAAUUUCAUUAAUAACAGCGGCUGUUGAAAAUAGGAUGAGAGCGCAUGGACAGGAAUGCGCUGCAGAAAAUGCAAUUAUUUACACCUGCACAAACAAUUUAGCAAGAAGAUACAAGGCAGUAAAGUGUCCUUAUGAAUAUUUGCAAAGAAUAAAAUAAAAAUUAUGCAAAGACUGACCGUGUCAGUCGAAGUCACGACAUCUUCUUAUUGUCACUUUGUGUUUUACUGUGUCCAGCUGUGUGUGGCUGUGAGUGUUUGUUGAAAGAACUACAAGGAAGGAUGCUUUGAAUCUAAAUGUAUUCAUCCUUGAAUUAUGUAAAGAGUGACGAUUUGACUGGUGUGACCUGAAAGCACAUUUACAUAAGAUUUCAAUAUUAGGUAGCAGCCAAUUUAAAGUAACCCCUUCACAGCCAGAUUCCACUGUAAUGUGCAUUAAAUAUUAAUUCCUUCUAUCCACUGAAAAUGCACUCUUUGGGCUAGCAGUGCAGAUCAUAUUUAAAGUAACGAUAAUCAAUAUUUGUAUAUUUGCAAAGAAUCGUAUGACUGCUACAGAAAGGAAUCACUCUUUGUAAUGAAUGAACAACGAUUAUCACCAAACUCCACGGUUCCCCUCGGCUCCCAGAAGCAUUUUAGCCUCUUUAACUCCUUUGUUUGGUUUACUGUGUUGGUUCACUGACUGAGCUCUCAUUUGUGAUGACGGCAGGCAGCUUCAGAGGAAAAAGCUCCAAAGACCUGUGUGAACCCUUCCAGCGCAGCAUUGUUCACCACAGAGAGUCAGACACAAGCUGAGCGAACACAAUAAAGUGUUUUGCAGCCAUGAGGCAGGUUUCUAACGAGAGCAAAGCCAGAGGUAAUGGAAGAGGAAAUAUUAGAUAGAGACACGUGUGCAAAUAUCUGGUAACUCACUCAAAUUUGUUCAGAAUUAAAGUAUUUAAUUUAUAUGUAUCAUUACAUUAAAUUCGAAUGCCUGCUCAGCUUAAAUAUUUUUAUUUAAUAUAACGACCACAGCAGAUGUCAAAUAAUCAGAAG